AUGCACAACCAAUACUUUCGAAAAUACCGAGGUCGAACGCUAAGUAGGUCUCUAAUUCCACAUUUCACUCGCAUAGCCACACGCACCUGCCUCUUAAACCCCGACAAAGCCCUGCCUGAUCAUCUGGUCAUCGUCUGUACCUGGCUGGGGGCCUCUGCCAAGCAUAUCACCAAAUACACGGACUUGCAUCGCUCCACCGCCUCUCACGCCCGGAUCCUGUUGAUUGAAUCCGAGGUCUCGAUCCUAGUGAGCAGCUAUGCCCGCCAGCAUCGACUGAUCCAGCCCGCCGUGGACGUUGUACUUGAAACCCUGGCACAGCGUACAGAAAUCUAUGCGCCGCGGAUCCUGUUGCAUACCUUCUCUGAUGGAGGAACUAACACCGCGACGCAGUUAUUAAUUACGCUCCGGGACACUGUCUCCCACCCGUUGCCGUUGGUUGGGCUGGACAGUAUGCCGCCAGCGAAGGGAACGUAA